UGCAGUGUUUCUGCUCAGGGGUACAACUGUAGGACCUGGAUCCUCCUCCUCCUCCUCAUCCUCUUCUUCACCAGUCAAGUUUGGGCAGUGAGCAUGCAGCUGUGUGCGAGCUGCGCGCUGCUGGGAGGACUUCUGUUUCUGACUUCUCUCUUCGACUCCUCAGAAUGCCUACAGACGACGGUCCGACCAGCCAAAGGCUCGACGGUGACGGUGAAGGUGACGGUGUCCCCCGAGUUGCCGGUGGAUCAAUGUGCUGUGUGUGAAGUGAGCGGGGUGAAUGACACACAGACAUCCUGCCAGUCCGCUCUGACUCUGGUACCCGAGGAGGAGGUCACACUGCUGUUCAACUGCACCCAGACGAUUGUACAGUCCUACAUGGUGACGAUCGCUCAGACCAUUGAGUGCACUAAGGACGCCUGCAGCCCUAUAACAGUAGGAACUCAACCCUCCAUCCUCACAGGGUUCAGCAGAGACUUCAGUUGGAAGCUGAAGGCACCUGAGAAGACAGUUGUGGGUCUGGACGUCCUUGGAGAUGGGCUGAUGGAGACGUCACAACCAUGCCCUGAUGGAUUUCAGUAUUUGAUGAUCCCAUCCAAAACAAACGGCAAGGACCACACUCAGUAUUGUCGAGGUGGUUCUGUGACUCGUUUAGACCUGACCAGUGAAGCUGUUGUAACUCUGCAAGUUAAACCAGAUGCUCAGGUCGAACCUGUGUUGUUCCAGGCUUCAGCUGGACCACUAAAGGGCCGAACGAUGGUUAUAACCGUUGAUUCAAGCACCACUGUGGUCGUCAGCCGGGGUCCCAAGGAACCAGAAUGUGAAGUGUGCUCUGUUGAUGGCCCCACUCCCGACUGUAGCCCCACAGAGAAGACGCUGACCAACGUUGAAAAAUUCUCUCUGGAGUUCAGCUGCCUGAAACCUCAGGAUGUCUACAGCGUGAAGAUGGAGAAGAAAAUGGAAUGCACCCAGAGCUCCUGCACUCCUGCUACAGGAGAAGUUGACCCCGACCUCUUCAAGGACUUUAACAGAUUCGUAACAUGGGACAUCAGUGUACCAGAGCGGACUGUAUUAACUCUGGACUUCCCCGGUGGUUUAAAGGAGAUCUCUGUAGCAGAAAAAUGCCAAGAUGGCCACCAGUACACAGUGAGCACAACUAAAAGUGACGGAAACAUCAAAGCUACCAGCUACUGUAAGGGCGGGACCGUGUCUCGACUGGAUCUGCUCGGAACGACGACUGUGGCUGCAGAGCUGCCCAAAGAAAGUGAACUGGACUCAUUCACUGUCAAAGCAGCACCAAGAGGUGGCAGAAUGAUGACCGUUUUGCCCGAUCCUGACACCAUCAUUAUCAUCAGCAGGGUGGGCAGCGAGCCAGACUGCAGUGUAUGCGAGAAGAAGGAGCCCGAGCCGAUAUGCAACCCGAGAUUCCUUAAAGUGAAGGAUCCUCGCAACACCAGCAUAGAGUUUACCUGUCCUCAACCUCAGGAUGUUUUCAGUGUGGAGAUCAACAGAGAAAUCAACUGCAAAGAGACCUCCUGCCCUGGAAACAUUGUUCAGACCGAGUCCUCGCUGUUCCCAGACUUCAACCGGACCUUCACCUGGGAUCUGAAAGUUGACUCCACUCGGGCCUUCCAACUGGACUUCCCAGAACCGGGAAUGCGACAGAUUCCCAACGAGGAGACCUGUCCGGACGAGCACACAUACUCUAUUGUUACCUAUCUGCGCACGGGGCCGGCAACCGUUGGAACCUUUUGCAAAGGAGGACCUGUGACCAACGUCCUGGCUCUCUACAAGGGCCGUAUGACUCUGCAGGUGCCUGGCGACAGGAAGCUUGAACCCGUUGACAUCAAACUCCAUGUUGGACCUGAGACCAGCAUGGUUGCCAUAGUGAAAGUCAACCUACCACGAGGCGUGUCAAACACAGACUUCAUCUCAACCAACUACCCCGGCGAUUUCCCUGAUGACCAGUCGAUGCAGUGGGACUUCACGGUGCCCGGCAUGCACAACUACACAAUGCAUUUCAGCGAUCACACGGCUCCAGAGUGCCUCAACGGUGACGUGGAGGUGGCGUACCAGAAAGAGGACAAGAAGAUGACCAAACUGACCCUGACGGAUCCUCAGCCGCAGCAUCAGCAGGGCAACUUCAACAUGGUGCUGAAGAACUGUGAAACCAACAGGACGCUACAGGGACUCACCUUGAAGUACAGAGUCUCUGUGAUGAGGAGUGGGCAUCCAGUUCUGUGUGCGGUGGAUCUAACUAAACACCAAGGAGUAUCCCUGCAGGUAGAGAAAGUGGGUUCUGAUCCCAACUGUGAGAUGAGCAUUAACUCUAAGGUUGAGAAGAAGAUCAUCGUGGCUGCAGGCACUAAGGACACACUGUCCUUCCUCGACUGUCCAAAUGAAGAUCUGCGCCUGACUGCCAGUAAAGUUAUCGGGUGCAAAAACGUGACGACCUGCUCUGCGACUACACUCAUUGUGCCAAAACUGGACUCCUGUCUACCGAUGCCCCUCCACAGCUUCACCUGGCACCUCAACAUCCCUCAGGACGGCACCAUGGAUCUGGUGUCGCCCACGGGGAGUCUCCGACAGUCCCUGCCCGGCCAGGAGUGUAACAAGUCUCUCUCCCUGCAUGUGGCGGAAAGCGACGGGGUUUCUGUUGGAGAUUUCUGCUUUAAAGGAGUGAUCCAGAAAGUUCGGGUGCACACCAACGUCUCCGUCACGGCCAAAGUCCCGGACUUCAGCAAGACCAGGGGGCCUUUCCUCAACGUCAGCUUCAGUGAGGAGAUCCCAGAGACCAUUAUUUACCAAGUCAGUCCAAAGGCCUCGUCUCCGACCCUGCUGGCCACCCCCAACUGGCCUCAAGGCAUGAACCCUUUGCUCACCGUAUCCUGGAUCGUCUCCCUGCCGAGCCAGUACCGGGCGCACGUGCAGUUCAUCAACGUCAGCCAGCCCAAAUGCAAUGACAAGCACACCCGCAUCAGUGUGAGGAUGCUGGAUGAAGAUGGGGUCCUAAUGGACCGCAGGGAGGACCAGGAGGCGGAGAAGUUGACAGUGCAGCGUAGUUUUUACGUCAACAUGUCCAACUGUAUAACAGAGGCGGGCCACUUCAGUGCAAUGACCAAAAUCGUUCUGGAGAAGAAGACCAAUAUCUUGGCCAUCCUCCUCGGGGUAGCAGGAGGUCUUCUGUUGUUGAUGCUCAUAGUGCUGGCUGUUGUGUGCCUCGUCAUAAGGAAAAAGAAAAAAGACAAAAUGGACAGGGAGGCAUCCAUCUACAUGGGCAAAGGGAACAUCUUCCGCCCAGGUGACAGGCACUUCACCAAAGCUCGGUCCGAUAACGAAUCCCACGUCUACGCCUCCAUAGAUGAGAUGAUGGUGUAUGGCCACCUGCUGGGUGACUCCAGCUACGCUGACAGCAUGCAGGACCACUUCGACACGAUGCCGGUGGACUCGUAUAACACGUUUAUGGGCCCCACUGACGCAGAGCUGCCUGUAAUCAAAGAACCGGACCACGAGCCUGAGAUGGAACACUUCAAGACGUUCCUGGACCCGGCUGACUCUUUCCUCCCGCCCCGUCCGCGCACUCCUAUCAACCGGGAGGACAGCCUCGGCUUCCAGGACCGCAGGAUGGUGGACAAUGAGCUGUACACGUUCAAGACCACGGGGGAUAUAAACCCGAUCCGGCUCUCUGGUGUCGACAUGGAUCCAGAGCCACCGAUGGUAACAGAGGACUCCUUGUAGUGCGUCAGGACUGUAGCUGUGCGAUGGACCGCUGUUACUAAACUCUCGUUACAGCACCGAGUAACUCUAGACUGUACUGAUGCGAACUUCUGUGCCUCGAUCACGCUCAGGGAAUCUGAGAUCGAUGAGCGUCUGAAUGUGAUGCGUAACGUCGUCUUUGUCAGAGCUCAGUCAUUUCUCAAGCUUCAAGCGUCGAAGCUGUGAUCCCCUUCUUUGAAGGAAGUUUGGCACAUUUUGGGAGAUUUUUUUAUUCUUUUUUCGCUUUCUUGCUGAGACUUAGAUGAGAAGAUUGAUUCCAUACUCAAGUCUGUCCGGUAAAUAUGAAGCUACAGCCAGCAGCUGCUUUGCUUAGUUUAGCUUAAAGGCGGGAAACAGAGGGAAACAGCCAGCCUGGCUCUGUCUAAAGAUAACAAAACCACCAGCACCUCUAAAGCUCAUACCAAUUAAACAAAUAUGAUAUAACGUCGACUCACAAACUUUUGUCCAUUACUAACGUUUUCAGAAGAGUUUUUCCACAUCCAUCAAAAGCCAAAAGAAGGUUGUUUGACCACUCAGAGCCUCCGUACAUGAACACGUCAUCAUCCAAAACGGCACCUGAUAAACUGAUUCACUUUGUCUCCCAGCACAAAGCACUUUACGACAAACACAGUAAAGGAUACCAAGAUGCAGAAUUUAAAGGUAGAUUGUGACAGGUGAUCGCAAAACAACGGCUGUACGAUAGAUUAGACAGCAGUGAUUGUGCUCUCGGCAGCUAAACGAUAGCUUCUUGCUAAUGUCGUUCAGUCAUUAGCCUCGAUUGGGACUAGCGUUAUCCCUCGUAUUGCGAAUUUUCGCAACGAAUAGAAGAAUAAAACGCAUCAGACUCAGGUUUCUGUGCGUAAUGAUUUUUAUCAAAUGACGGAUUGAAAAAACGCAUACGAAAAAUACAGACUUGGUAUGCAAAGGCCUUUAGAGGUGCUGAUAGGUGGAUUUUGUUAACUACCUUUAGACUGUUUCCAGCCUUUGUGCUAUGUGAAGCUGACCGCCUGCUACCAGUAUCUUACUGUACAAACAUGAGAGUGAUAUCAAUCCUCUUAAGCUAACUCUCAAGAAAGCGACAAAAAAUGUUGAACUAUUCCUUUUAAUGUUUGAUUUGUUUAGUUUUAUUACAUCUCUGCCCAUGUGGCAUGGAUUCAGGAGCAGGGACGAUGAAAAAAAUGUGCAAGUACCUCUGGUCCUAAAAGUGUUUUUAUAUUGUUUACUUGUCUUGCUUUUAAAGAGAUUUUGUUUUUCCUUACCUGUAAAUACAAUUUAGGCUUUUUUUGCAAUAAAUUUUAGGAAAAUGGUC